UUCACUUUCUUCUUACCUCUUAAAGCUCAUAUAAAGUAUCAUAGCGGGCCCUCCAGCAUUCUACAUUCCUACUUAGGUUAACCAGACCAGCAUGCUCCUCGCCCCCCUUCAAUCAUCUCAACUGCUGCGAUAAUUCGACUGAUUUAAAGGAUCCCUGACGAUCUCUAGACACCCUUGACUGAACGCAGAAUCCCAUCACGCGCCUCCCAUAAACUCGUCAGAGCAGCAACUUCCAAUCACCUCUAAAUGUCUGUCUGGAAUCCAGAUAACAUCCGCGAUGUGGCCGAGUCUGUUGGCAUCGUCAACCUGAACAAUGAUGUAACCGAAAACCUUGCCCGCGACGUGGAAUAUCGGAUUGCCCAGGUUCUUGAAGAAGCCCUCAAAUUCAUGCGCCACAGUCGACGCACUCUUCUCACUACACAGGAUAUUGCGCAAGCUCUGCGCGUGCUCGAUGUGGAACCGUUAUAUGGAUAUGAGUCUACGCGACCGUUGCGGUUCGGAGAGGCAUCGUUGGGACCGGGGCAACCGUUGUUCUACGUGGAGGAUGAGGAAGUAGAUUUUGAGAAGUUGAUCAAUGCGCCGUUGCCAAAGGUGCCCAGAGAGGUCUCUUUCACUGCACACUGGUUAGCGGUUGAAGGCGUCCAACCGUCAAUUCCUCAGAAUCCUACUUCGGCGGACUCGAGAAACCUUGAAUUAAUGUCCAAGGGCCCUAAUGCAAACUCCACGCUGGCGGCAAUGAGUGGGAGUGGGAAUGUGGCCGUGAAGCCUUUGGUGAAGCACGUGCUAUCCAAGGAGCUGCAAUUGUACUUCGAAAAGGUUUGCAGUGCCUUCUUGGAUGAGUCUAGCGAGGAAUACAGAACGUCGGCCUAUUCCAGUCUGAGGGAUGACCCUGGACUUCACCAGCUCGUGCCGUACUUUGUACAAUUCAUCUCCGAAAAGGUCACGCAUGGCCUGAAAGAUAUCUUUGUCCUGACCCAGGUAAUGCGCAUGGCGGAGGCGCUGGUGCAGAAUAAAUCGCUCUACGUGGAUCCUUAUGUUGCAUCUCUUGUCCCUCCUAUUCUGACCUGUCUAGUUGCUCGGCAGCUUGGAGGCAAUGCGGAUCUAUCCGAACAGUUUGCCCUGCGUGACCUAGCCGCAUCGCUUCUGGGUCUUAUUGCUAAAAAGUACUCGCAUUCUUCCCAUACGCUCAAGCCACGCUUGGCUCGCUCGUGCCUGAAGACGUUCCUGGACCCGUCCAAGCCGUUCGGGGCUCACUACGGAGCCAUUAUUGGCCUCCAGGCCGUUGGGGGCACGGAGGCCGUACGGGUUCUCAUUCUCCCUAACUUACCGACUUAUGGAUCUCUACUCAAGGACGGCAUGGCGGAAGAGAAUCCGCGGCGCCCAGAGGCAGAAAAAGUGCUUAACAUCUUAAUCGGGAUACUCAGAACUCUUAGUGAGGGACGCAUGGCACUUGCCAACGGGCAUAAUGGCGUCGUGACACAGGAUUUACGAGAACGCCUGAAUGGUAGGGUAGGAGAAUUUCUUGCAGCCAAGAUUAGUGAAGCGGGGGAGGUCGAAAUGGCGCAUGCGAUUCUGGAAUCGUAGAACACAAGCAUUCUCUUCCUCCUUCUGUUUCGUUUUAUUUUCGACUUUUUUAUUUAUUUAUUUUUCUUUCUUUAAUAUCACAUUUCGCACAUACAAUGACGAUGGGAUAGGGUAGGGGAUUAUUUCAUUGAUGUCAAGGCGUUUGGGGGUUUAGAGCGGUGUUAUCGGUUGCUCAAUACCAUUAGCGGUUUUUUUUUCCCUCGUCCCUCGCUCUCUUGAAUGGGUUUACCCCAUCUAAUUACACAUUGAAACUGAUCGUAAUGAGGCAUGUUUAAUUGCAU